ACUUCUGUGCAUUGUUGUCGAUCAGCACUUUGCAUCUCCACCGCCCGUGCUCGCCUCACUCUUUUCUGCACUGAUUACACCCCAGCGAGCACUAGUCUGGGUCCGAGGUGAUUCUGUGUCUCUAUUAUUGACCUGGUCGGCCCCUACCCGCCUCCCGCCCCCCAUUACCCCAGAAGUCCAAAAUGAGAGAAGGAAGGAAGAAUGAGGGGCUUGUUUUGCUUCUACAGGACAAAUUCUUUUCCCUCCAUCCGCCCCUGCCCCCACCCCAGGAAAGCAGAGUCUUUUAAAGAACAAGGAAAUGCAUACUAUGCCAAGAAAGAUUACAAUGAAGCUUAUAACUAUUAUACGAAAGCCAUAGAUUUGUGUCCUAAAAAUGCCAGCUAUUACGGGAAUCGAGCAGCCACCUUGAUGAUGCUCGGAAGGUUCCGAGAGGCUCUGGCAGAUGCACAGCAGUCAGUGAGGUUGGAUGACACUUUUGUCCGGGGACAUCUGCGGGAGGGCAAGUGCCACCUGUCUUUAGGGAAUGCCAUGGCAGCAUGUCGCAGUUUCCAGAGAGCCCUAGAACUGGAUCACAAAAACGUUCAGGCACAACAGGAGUUCAAGAAUGCUAACGCAGUCAUAGAAUAUGAGAAAAUAGCAGAAACGGAUUUUGAGAAGCGGGAUUUUCGGAAGGUAGUUUUCUGCAUGGAUCGUGCCCUAGAAUUUGCCCCUGCUUGCCAUCGCUUCAAAAUCCUCAAAGCAGAAUGUUUGGCGAUGCUGGGUCGUUACCCAGAAGCACAGUCUGUGGCCAGUGACAUUUUACGGAUGGACUCCACCAAUGCAGAUGCUUUGUACGUGCGAGGUCUUUGCCUUUAUUAUGAAGAUUGUAUUGAGAAGGCGGUUCAGUUUUUCGUGCAGGCUCUCAGGAUGGCCCCUGACCAUGAGAAGGCCUGUGUUGCUUGCAGGAACGCUAAAGCACUGAAAGCAAAGAAAGAAGAUGGGAAUAAAGCCUUUAAAGAAGGAAAUUACAAGCUAGCCUAUGAACUGUACACAGAAGCCCUGGGGAUAGACCCCAACAAUAUAAAAACAAAUGCUAAACUCUACUGUAAUCGGGGUACGGUUAAUUCCAAGCUUAGGAAACUAGAUGAUGCAAUAGAAGACUGCACAAAUGCAGUGAAGCUCGAGGACACUUACAUAAAAGCCUACUUGAGAAGAGCUCAGUGUUACAUGGACACAGAACAGUAUGAAGAAGCAGUGCGAGACUAUGAAAAAGUGUAUCAGACGGAGAAAACAAAAGAACACAAACAGCUCCUUAAAAAUGCACAGCUGGAACUGAAGAAGAGUAAAAGGAAAGAUUACUACAAGAUUCUGGGAGUGGACAAGAACGCCUCUGAGGAUGAGAUCAAGAAGGCUUACCGGAAACGGGCCUUGAUGCACCAUCCAGAUCGGCACAGUGGAGCCAGUGCCGAAGUUCAGAAAGAGGAGGAGAAAAAGUUCAAGGAAGUGGGAGAAGCUUUCACCAUCUUGUCUGACCCCAAGAAAAAGACCCGCUAUGACAGCGGACAGGACCUGGAUGAGGAGGGCGUGAACAUGGGCGAUUUUGAUGCCAACAAUAUCUUCAAGGCAUUCUUCGGCGGACCUGGGGGCUUCAGCUUUGAAGCAUCUGGUCCAGGGAAUUUCUUCUUUCAAUUUGGCUAAUGGAAGGCCAUCAUCCAGAACUCAGAAAAUGCAGACUUGCUCAGUGUAACCUUGAAUGUGGACACAAUUCACCUCCUCCAUCAUGUCUCCAUGUCUUUAGAGCAGUUUCGUUUUCUUAGUUGGAUGCCCUGUGUCUGUGAGUCGGGUGAAGGAAAGGGAGCCAGCACCGAAGACUGCGGGUAGGGGAGGGAGGCGGGAGGUGAACAGGGAGGCAGCUUGUGAAUUUUUGUUUUAUGGUAUAACUUUAUUAAAAAAGAAAAAAAUGAAGAGAAUAAAAUGUUUUGACCC